GGAUCAGCUGAUGCGAGUCUCACCCUCUUCUCCUCUUUUAUUUUUUGGGUGGUACAUAGAGGCGAAUUGUUUAUCUGUGCGUGCUGAAUCGUAUCGGCUGCAACGUCAGGUUAUAACGACAGCAUUGAAGACAACUCCCCAGGACUUUGGCCUGUGACUUCUAUCUCUCAGUCGACUUGAAAACUCUGCGCACAGUGCUUCCAAAAUCAUCGAUUCUUACUUCACCCACACCCACUCCGAUAACCGACCUUCCGCAUCGACCUAGUCUUCAUCAUGGACUGCCCCUUGUAUCCUUAUAACACAAGAGCUGGUCACGAUUACGGCGAAUAUAUUGAGACGCGAAUGCCGUGGCCACUGGCGGGCGAAGAAUGGACCUGGAUGAAGUUCUUCGUGCACGAGAAGGUCGUCAGGUAUUUCCACCACUUUCGGAACACUUACGAUCCUGAGGGAAAGAUACGGCUUCGGGACCUUCCAUGUCCUUAUGGGCUUUAUGAAAACGGCGCACCUCAACUAUGGGAGCAUUUUGAUGGCUGGAAGCUUAUCAAGAGAGAGGCUGAGGAGACGGUGGAUGAGAUCACGCAGCUACUCCACGGUGCAGGACUAUCCACUGCAACUGAGGCGAAAAUUACCGUGAGCGCCGCAAUCGAGGGGGCGCCUACACCACUGGUCCUUCCGAAGGAUGAUAUGAAUGCUCCACCCUGGCUCAUGAGCUCUCCAGAGGAGCACAAAAGAUGGUACCCAAAGGCCAAAAAGACUCUCAAGUCAACGGGCCCGAAAACGCGACGUCGAGCCUCGAGGCCUGGAAAACAGCUCAAGACGGGACCGGCGAGGAUGAAGCGGGAGAAGCAGAAGAGGAAUGAGAAUGCAUCUGGCGCAUCCCCGAAGGAAGUUGUGGGUGGGCAAUAAUGAGUAACGUAGGAUGAGAGCCGUCCAGAUACGUCAAGAGGGAGAGAAGAUGAAAGAAGUUGGCACGAGUACUAUCGUUUCUCAUUACAGCAAUCACGAUCUCAUACACGCGCGUUAUGCAUUCAGACCUAAGCUGUUUUGCUAGCAAG